AAGGCCCCAACUCCGUCUAAUUGGCUGUUAACAAGUUAACAUCCCUCUUUUCAUUUGGUCUUUUAUGGAAUGCCUAGAAAUGCCUAGGCAGUAAGCAGCCACCGUAAACACCAGAGAAAUGUCAAUUAUUAAAACCACAGCAGAUGAUGAAACAAAAGUCCCAUUAAUACUAGACCGUUCAUCUUCCAUUAUCCAAACAAGAAGCAGAGUAGAAGAAGAAGUACAUCAAGAUCAAAGUCUUGCACGAAGGACUUGGAUUGAAUCCAAGAAACUAUGGCGAAUUGUUGGUCCGGCCAUCUUAACCCGCAUAGCAAACUUCUCCAUGUUCUUUUUUUCCCAAGCUUUUGCCGGCCACCUUGGUGAUCUUGAGCUCGCUGCUUUAUCCAUUGCUGGCACUGUCAUUAACGGCUUCGUUUUUGGCCUCAUGCUGGGAAUGGCUAGUGCAUUGGAAACUCUAUGUGGGCAGGCUUACGGGGCAAAGAAAUAUAACAUGUUGGGAGUAUACUUGCAAAGAUCCUGGAUUGUUCUUUUUCUCUUCUGUAUCCUGACCUUACCUGUAUACAUUUUGGCCACACCAGUAUUGAAAUUGCUAGGACAACCAGCCGAUAUUGCUGAGCUAGCUGGAGAUUUGGCCAUAUCACUUAUACCAGUUCACUUCAGCUUUGUUUUUCAGUUUCCUCUGCAGAGAUUCUUGCAGAGCCAGCUGAAAAAUAAUGUGAAUGCUUGGGUGAAUUUGGGUGCUUUCGUGAUACACAUGACAUUGACCUGGCUCUUUGUGUCGAAGCUUCAGAUGGGAUUGAUUGCCAUUUCUGUCACACUAAAUAUAUCUUGGUGGCUUAUUGUUUUUGGCUUGCUUGCUUAUACUUUGUUUGGUGGUUGUCCUGAAACAUGGACUGGUUUUACCUUUGAAGCAUUUUCUGGUCUUUGGGAAUUUCUGAAACUCUCCAUGUCUUCUGGCGUCAUGUUAUGCUUGGAGAAUUGGUACUACAAGAUAUUGGUAGUGAUGACUGGAAAUUUGCCCAAUGCCAAAAUAGCGGUGGAUGCAUUGUCCAUCUGCAUGAACAUCAAUGCAUGGGAGUUGAUGAUUCCUCUAGCCUUCUUUGCAGGAACAGGAGUAAGGGUUGCAAAUGAAUUGGGAGCUGGUAAUGGGAAAGGAGCCAAAUUUGCAACAAUUGUGUCAGUAAUACAUUCAACAGUGAUUGGUCUAUUCUUCUGGCUGCUUAUUCUGUUCUUCCACAAUGAAAUAUCCUAUAUAUUCACAACCAGCCAACCUGUGCUAGAAGCUGUACACCACCUCUCAAUUCUCUUAGCUUUCACCAUUCUCCUCAAUAGCGUGCAACCCAUUCUUUCUGGGGUUGCUGUUGGUUCUGGUUGGCAAUCAUACGUAGCAUACAUAAACUUGGGUUGUUACUAUCUACUUGGAGUCCCAAUGGGAAUUGUAAUGGGAUGGGUUUUUCAUUUCGGAGUACUGGGUUUGUGGGCUGGAAUGAUUGUUGGUGGAACUGCAGUACAAACUGUGGUAUUGGCCGUCAUCACAGCUCGGUGUGAUUGGGAUAAAGAGGCAGAGAAGGCAGGCAUGCAUGUAGACAAGUGGUCGAAAAGGACUCGUAUCUGAACUCACAUUGAUGUGCAUGUGGAGUAACAGUCUUGAUUUUGGCUGCAAAAUUGUUUUAAUCUGCUUCACCAUCUCUGCACAAUUCUAGCUAUUGUGGAAAAGGCUUCCAAUUUUAGUAUGAAAAUAUCAGAAAGCUUUGUUAAGGUGAGUCAUGGUUGACAGUUAACUCUACGCUUUGGGUUAAUUAGCUUGCAAUAUAUGUAUUUGUGAAGAGUGAAAAACUUAGGAAGUCCCAACACUAUCACCAUUGUCAAGUUUUGCCAUUUAAUCUGAAUUUUGUCUCCGACGCAUCCCCUAAACAAUUACAAGUGCAUAGUUUAAGAA